CGCAUCACAACAUAGUGGGACACAUGAGCGAAGAGCAGCAAGCUCGAUGCUAACAUUUUCUAUUGUGAACGUAGUACAACGACGCGUUAAACAGACGGGAAGGGGAAAAAAAGAGAUCGGCCUUAUAUAAUGUGAAGAAUGUCGAUUGGGCUGGAAGAUGGAUGCAACCUGGAAAUCAACGAGGAGCACCUCGAAAGCACUGAAAAGGGGAAAAAGCUUCCCAUCUAUGCUAAUACGCGGUGAAUGCAGCCCUCGCGAAAGUUGAGGUCUUUCCUCGUGGCGUAUCCAAGGUCAGGCGGGGCGGUGAUGUUUGCUUUUUCCGAGGGGCACCGGAACGCACCACGAGGUGAUGUGGACCCAGCAUCUGCUUGACGGUCUGCCGCACAAUGGAUUAUAAGAGCCAGGAGACUAAGGCGUGCCAAGGAAGGAAACUCGCUCCCGCUGUGGACUACAACGCGGAUGAAUAUUUAAUCGGUCUCCAGCACAAAAACAGGAUCCUGAAUCGACUGAAAGUGAAAGGCCCCAGAGAGAUAGAGCUGGAAAGACUAGAACAAGGCUUUUCCAUUUAUUUCAACGGAGCCAAUGCGGAAUCCUGCAAGAAGCAGCACAAGAGCUCCAACCACAAGCCUGUCACCUCCACGCCUGUUUGGAGGACUGCGUGCACAGAAGCAGAUGUCUGUCGAAGCGCCCACCAGUUAAGCGAAGAUUUGGAGCCCAGCCACAAGCGGAGGAGCCACACCGCCCCCGGAAAGGUCCAGAGGAAAGAAUGGACUCAGGAUUCUAUCAUAAUCCGAACAGAGGAUGGACCAAGUUUGAAGAUAUGCCCGGACAAACGCUACUCUGAUGAAUUUGAGCCUUAUGAAAGCGUAGACAUGGAGAGCUCCGGCCCACGCUCGCCUCGCGCUCUUUGCUCGCCGAGUGACACCUGUAUGCUUUCGCGCUCCUUCGGCACCAGGCCCGAGAGCCAAGCAGGACAAGCGAGCCAGGAGCACGGCGAGAAGGUGCUUCUCAAUCUCGAAGAAGUGAAGGUUUUAAGGCGCAGCCUGGAGAACAGCAUGCGGCGGAGCAGCCGCGGCUCUGCGGGGGAGGAGUCCGACGAGGAGUGGGUGGAGGAGCAAAUCGAGCGCGACGAGAGCACGGAGAGUCUCGACGAACUGGGACUUCCCGUGUCAUCCUCCAAGUCUUCCUCCAACCCUCAGCCCGUCAGUUCGCAUUGCCACUUUGACCCAGCGAACCUCAUUGUCCUCGACUUCGGACCGGCACCUAAAGGACGUAAGCUUGAGCGUUCGUUGUCUGCAAAGAGGAAGGAUAACAGUGACUCCUUCAUACCCACCAAGCCAGUGUUGGUGAAGAGCAAAACAUUAGAUAUGCCACCUUCAAAAGACAGCUGGGGUAGUCCGAGGCCAGCAAGUCAGGCGGAGAGGCGCCUGUCAACAGCCAGGAGGGCGUUCACUGAGGAGCAAGACCAGGCCGAGGUCGCCCGUGGGGUGUGCCAGGCCAUCCAGAGAGAGAGCAAGAGUUCCGAGCUCUUCACUCGCAACAUGGGCAGAGGGCAGCAGAUGAUGAACGGCUUAGUGCAUCGCAAAAGCAGCGACAAAGAGGAGAGCGGUGUCACUGUGGCCAUGGAGAGAAUCACAUUCAUGGGAGCCAGGGAGCAGCACAAACUGCUGAAAGCCUUGGAGGAGCUGGAAGCUGCACCCACCUUCAACCUUCCUCCGGGUGUCAAAACAGACUGCGGCAAACCCCCGCUGAGGCCGUCCUCAGAGGUCCCCCCCGCUCUGUACGUCACGAUGGAGAUCCUGUCCAACUGGGGGCACGAGCUGCAGGUGGGCCUGACCGAGCUGCAGUUUUUCGGCCCCGGGAAUAAGAAGCUGUACGUGUCGCCGCAUGACCUCGACAUCAGGAACGUCGACUAUCCCGGGAAUCUGGCGGCGCUCGUCAAUGGCAAGGCGAAGACGACCAAGGUGCGCCACAUGUGGACGUGUCCCUUCCACCCUCCCAUCCAGCUCUAUUUCGUCAUCCGGAACACGGAGCGCUCUGCAGACUUUGGGAUGUCUCGUAUCAAAAUCUGGAACUACAACAGAAGCCUUAACGAACUUGACUUCGGUGCACGUCAUGUAAAGCUGUACCUGAACAGCACGCUCGUGUUUGAGGGCGAGCUAGAGAGAGGCUGCGGCAACCAGGUCUUCGACUACAGCACCACCAUUGAGCUCGAGGACUUCCAGGCUUCAGAUUCUUUGUUUUCCAGCCCUUCAUCCUUGGGAUACAACCUCCGGGGGACCACCCCCCAGCGACACGAUGACAGCGGCACGCACCAGCACCUCAGUUCCGCUCUUCUGCCAUCAGAUGCAUCAAGCCAGGCUAUGAUGGACACUCAGGAGAGCUCGCACGCACCUCUUCCUCCCAUCUCCGCUCGGCGCUCCUCCACACAGAGGAACUCUUUUGACGAGCCCGCGCCCAUGGCGCAGACCGUCACCAUGCAGCCGUCCUCAUCGCGGAUGACCCCGCAGUGGCUGCAACCCCUGAAGAGAUCCGCCCCGGAGGGCUGUGAGGCCAGCAGGGAGAGGCCGCGGUGGCUGGUUCCGCAGCAGUCCCCCGCGGAGCCCAAAUCGGCAUCCUCAGCCUCGUCGUCUUCGUUGCUCCCAGAGUUGCCGUGCAACCCCGGUCGUGUGUGCAGGGGGGGGGAGAGAGCGCCUAACGGGGCACAGUGGAAGGCCGAUUCUCUGGACUUCAACUGUGACCUGCUGGACGAGCUCAGAGAGCAAAAGCACGAGCGGCCGUUCAGCGGCCGAAGGAGCUCCUUAAGAACUAGGCAGACAGAGGAGCAACACGUGAAAUCAAAGACAGAGGCAACGAUGUCGGCCAACGCCGGCAGGAGGCAGCGGUCCCCGAGGCCCCUGGGGCACAGCCACCGGGACGACACCCUCAUGGAAUCGUGGGACUCCCUCACCAAGUUUAACCAGUGCCAACGUGGUCGCCUCUCCAACACGGGCUUCGAGGGCGACAUAUUUGACGACUUUCAACAGCAACCCAGCCGCGGCUCCCCCGCGGUGCCCGCCAACGCCUGCGACGCGCCCACGAGCCCACCUUCCUCCUCCUCGUCCGCCCGAGGGCUGCCAUGUGAGGGCCCUGAUGGGGAUUUGUUUAUGGAGCAGGAGGAAGACUUUGAGAUCCCGGUGCUCCCUAAGGGCCAAAGGUUGGUCAUCAACAUUCUGUCCACUUGGGGGGACCGCCACUACGUGGGCCUCAACGGCCUGGAAGUGUUCAGCUCCAGCGGAGAGCCCCUCCAACCCGCUCAAAUUAGCGCGGACCCCCCUGACAUCAACAUACUCCCGGCGUACGGCAAGGACCCCCGCGUGGUCACCAACUUGACGGACGGCGUUCAUCGCACACAGGACGAUAUGCACCUCUGGCUGGCCCCGUUCACGCCUGGUCGGAGCCACACCAUCUUCCUGGACUUCGGACGCGCCUACCAGGUUGCGAUGAUCCGGGUGUGGAAUUACAACAAGUCCCGCAUCCACUCUUUCCGAGGGGUGAAGGAGGUGGAGAUGCUGCUGGAUGGGAGGUGCAUCUUCAGGGGCGAGAUCGCGAAAGCUUCCGGGACUCUUUCAGGAGGAUUGGAUCAAUUCGGUGACACUAUUCUGUUCACUACCGACGACGAUAUCCUGGAGGCCAUGUCCCGUUUCGAUGAGACCUUCCUCGGUGACGGCGAAGGAUCGGACAAUCCUGUGCACGAGGAGGAGCUGCACAGGCCGCGCACUGCAGACGGAGAGGGAGAGGAAAGACCUUUCACCCAGGCUGGCUUCCGCGAGGAGGACCUCGCCUUGAAACUUCACCUCAACAUAACUGUGAGCCAGUUGGAGAACAUGGAGCCGAUUCGUGGGAUGUACACUGGAAAGUGCCUUCGUCUGGAGCUGGCGUCAACGUGGGGCGACUCGCACUACAUGGGCCUGACGGGACUGGAGGUGGUCGGCAGGGACGGAGAGGGGUUACCCUUGCACCCCAGUUUCAUGGUCGCCUCACCCGGGGACCUCAACGACCUGCCCGAAUACGGACAGGACUCGCGCACCCUCGAUAAGCUCAUCGACGGCCACAACAUCACCACGGACGACCAACACAUGUGGCUGAUCCCUUUCUCUUACGGAGAGCCUCACACCGUGACCAUCACCUUCCCCCAGGCCCAGACCAUUGCUGGGCUCCGCACCUGGAACUACAACAAGUCCGCCGAGGACUCGUACAGAGGGGUGAAGGUGAUCCACGUGAUCAUGGACAACGUCACCAUCUCCCCUGUUGAAGGCUUCCUGAUCAGGAAAGGACCAGGCAACUGUCACUUUGACUUUGCCCAAGAGAUCCUCUUCUUGGACUACCUCCAGACGCCCGCUGACAAUAAGAGCGCCGAAGAGUAUCCCAACAAGCGGAGCGCGAAGAAAGCAGAACAAGCCAGCAUGGACUACGAAGCUCCCAUCAUGCCCUGCGGAUUCAUCUUUCAGCUGCAGCUGUUAACCACCUGGGGAGACCCUUACUACAUCGGCCUCAACGGCCUCGAGUUCUACAACCAGAAUCAUGAGAAGAUCAGCCUCAGUGACCACAACAUUGCUGCUUUCCCAGACAGCGUUAACGUACUGGACAAUGUGAGCGGCGACGUGAGGACUCCGGAUAAAUUAAUAGACGGCUUCAACAGCACGCAGGAUGGAAGACACAUGUGGCUGGCUCCAGUGCUCCCUGGACUGGUAAACCGCGUGUACGUCAUCUUUGAUCAGCCGGUGACCGUGUCCAUGAUCAAACUGUGGAACUACUCCAAGACCCCACAGAGAGGAGUUAAAGAGUUUGGGCUGCUGGUGGACGACCUUCUGGUGUACAACGGCAUCUUGGACAGCGUGAGCCACACGAGCCGCGGCAUUCUGCCCACGUGCGACGCGCUGGUGCCGUACCACACCGUCCUCUUCACUGACAACGCGUACAUUGCACACCGUGAAAGGAACACUGUCAUCAGCCCCCGCGGCAGCAGACGCCCCCAACAUAAUUACGUGGAAGACCAAGAUGUCAAGAUGACCAAUGAAAAUCAGAUCGUCCAUCACAGCAAGACGCAAGCGGCAGACCCAGGUCUUCGGCCUAAAACGUGCAUGACCGACGUCGGGAAACACGGACAGAGGAGGUACUGACAUGUAGCUCGCUUUACGCCCGCGGUGGCUGAAAGCUCCCGUCUCCCUUUUAUAUUAACACGCCAUGUGACCUGCAUGAGCCACGCUGAAGAGGACACGUUUUGCACUGAUCACAAUGGGUUUGCGUUGCGCGCGCGCACACACACACACACACACACACACACACUACAAACGGAGAGUCAGUCGCUCCCUCAGUGCCAGGCUAAAUAAACCCGCCAGGCUGCUUUCUGCCAGCCUUAUUAUUACUGUGCCUGUACUCUGCCUGUGCCGUGUAAAUACAUCAAUAUAAUAAAUAGCCAGUCCAGUUUCACAGACAAUUUCUACAUCCAGUGUUUAUUCACAAUUGAAUCCACUGACGAGCCUAGUUCUUUGCCUCACCAAAUGUCAUGCUAUGCACACUUAUUGGUAGCUAUUAGUCGUUUAUAAAUGUGGGCUAAUGUGUCAGAGAACUCUUUGUAUUGAGUAUUCAUAUGUACUAAACAAAAAGCUGACACCAUACAUGAAAUCCAUGCUCCAAUCUUCAACACAAACCCCAUUUCCUCAUUUAGUGCCCGUGGAUGUGUUUACUCACUGGAGGUGUCAACUGGGUUGUUGGCAACAUAAUAGUUUUUCUGAAUCCCUGGGAGACUAUUUUUUUUUUUUUUUUUAAAUAUAAAGAAAAGCAAUGAGCAACAAAUCCAGCCACUUUUUGGGCCGUUAAAAUUCUGGAGACUCCGAAGAUGUUCGCCCUUCCGUGUCCAGACUGCAAAGCCACCACUGGUUAAUGUCACACAAUUCAAAAGUCAAUUUUUCAUACAUCUCUGAAAAUUUAAACCCAAAAAAUUAUUAUUAUUGGAAAAAAAAAAAAAAUGGGCAGAACUAAUAACAAUGUUUUACAUGCCUUGGUAGGUGCUGCUGUUUUUGGUUAGCAACAAAGGGCAUGAGUUAACAAUCGUGUCUGAAACGGGAAUUCGUAGUUACUGGUUAAAAUGUGAAAAAUGGGGUUGUGGGACACGCAUUGAGAAGGGGCCACCAUUUGAGAAGAUAAGGUAAACGUAGCUUCGCAGCGUAUUUUGCCAAAUGCUAGCUUGAGCUCAACAUCAUGUAGAGAAAUAGUUGAAAUCCAAGUGACCUUUACUAAAGUUGCGAAUCGGCCGUACGACUUUUAAGCCACUUUGGUUGGUCAUUUGAUCGGGUCUAUUUGUAUUUCUAAGCUUAGAUUUUUUUUUUUAAUCGACGCUGUUACAGGCGACUUCCAAUAUGCAGAAACUACUGACUUUUACCUCAAAUUGCGAGAUCAACGAUCUCACGACGGGACGCGUUCACUUUGACAUCGGUAGUUUGGGUCGUUCAAUACAUUUUAAUUCACAGCCACUGUGCUACCGUCGCAUGGGAAAGUCUCACCAGCUGUCACAUUUGAGUGACGAUUAUUGUAUGCGUGGUACUUAAGUGUUUUUGAAAAAAAGCUAUUUAUUUUUCUAAUCUUGAUUGACGCUGUGUAUUACAUGUAGGCUUAUUUCAAAGACAAAUAAAAUGUUUACAAGUGUACUCCAUGUUGUUUUUCCUUCAGCACAGCGUAUUGUUUUAUGAUUUCAACUUUUUAAAGGGAUCGUUUUUUUUUGGGAUUACUAGUUUUUACAGUAUACCGGAAAGCCUGAUUUAAGAGUUGCACAUCUCCAGUGUAGUACUACAUUGUGCCACAACAUGCCGCGGGCAGCACCAAGGUCCACUAAGUGACAUACAAUGUAAUUAAGAGCAAGAAGAAGAGGCAGAGAAGGUCCCCUACUAAAUUCAACUAAACAUCAUUCCACCAGAGCAGAAAUAAUUGUUGUAUGCGCUGUUUGUAUGUGUUAUAGUCGCAGUUGUUGGGCAUUUUACAAUUACUGUAACAUAUAUGCUAAUUUCAGUUGGCCUGUCUGUCAUUUCACAUUCUGUAGCAUAAACUUUUUUCCAGACUUUUGUUGAACAAAAUUAAUUAACUACGGUAAACUUCAACUAGGAGUGACGGCUUGAAGCAAGCGCGCUUUGACUCUCAUUUGGAGGAACUUUGUGAGUAAGUGAGAACAAGCACUGAGUCAUACUUUUUAUUAGGUUAAAAUGUCUUUAAAGCAUGUGGGAGGGGUAAAACCAGUUUAAAAACAAAUUUGUUAUAUCGUCUGUCACGGAUUUUCACCUAUUUAUGUAUUUUCUGCAUCAGUCGACAACAGCUGAUUGACUUAACCCUCUUGGCUUUAUGCUGGCCAUGUCCACCUGGCUUCCUUUUUUUUUUUUUCCAAGGCAGGGAUUUUUGGUCUGAUUUAGUCAUUUUCUGCUCUUUAUACCGCUUACAUCAAUCAAAUUGUAACUUUUUGGCUCUAUUGUCGCCGCUUUUGCUCGGUCGGCCCUGCGGUGAAAGUCCGACGUUCGAGUGAUGAGCUCGCGACGUCCACAGCCGUGCGGCACCACGCAGACGGUAGGGCGGACGCACCGGGUCACGUUGAGCCCGCCGGCGGCUCGAGCAGCGACCGGGGUUCCACUUAAGACACGUAUACAGCCAAUUUAAAUAAAUCAACACCCCCCUCCCCCGAUCCCAGACUCUUAAAAUUCAUAUUCUCGCGGUGAAAUCAUCACAUGUAGACAAUAUAAUUCUUACAAGCAUAUAUC